AAAUUAAAGGAGAUAAAAAGCUAUGGCCUUUAUUAGAGGGAAUUCAAUUUUGUUAAUAUUGUUCAUAUGGUUAGCUUCAUUAGUCCCACAUUUACAUGCCAGAAUUGCUGAAUUUGAUGCAUAUUUGGAAAAACAAGCUUUGGAAGCCCUCAACUCUUCACUUGAAGCAUAUACUCAUAAUCCCGAGGAAGUAACUAAUGCAUUCAACAAAGAAGUUGGAAAUGCAUUGCUGAAGUAUAAAAGCUUAAGGAGGCAUCUUAAAGAAAAAAAUAAAUGCAUGGCAACCAAUCCAAUUGACAGAUGUUGGAGGUGUGACAAAAAUUGGGCUGAAAACAGGAAGGAUUUGGAAGAGUGUGCUAGAGGAUUUGGCCACAAAACGACCGGUGGUAAAAAUGGCAAGUACUAUGUUGUCACCGAUGAGUCAGAUGACAACGUGCAGGAACCAAAACCGGGGACCCUUCGUCAUGCUGUGAUUCAAGAGGAGCCAUUGUGGAUCAUCUUUGAGAAAUCAAUGGUGAUCAAGUUGCAACAAGAACUUAUGAUCACGAGUGACAAGACAAUCGAUGGCAGGGGAGUUGCUGUUCACAUAGCCAAUGGUGCUGGAUUAACGAUCCAAUUCGUGCAUAAUGUCAUAAUCCACAACAUCAGGAUUCAGAAUAUCAUAUCUACUAAUGGUGGCAUGAUAAGAGAUUCUGUUAACCAUAUUGGUCUAAGGACAGUGAGCGAUGGCGAUGGCAUUUCCAUUUUUGGUUCCAACCAUAUCUGGAUUGAUCAUUGCACUUUGUCAGAAUGUACCGAUGGCCUUGUUGAUGCCAUCAUGGCUUCCACUGCAAUCACUAUUUCUAAUUGCAAAUUCAACCAUCAUAACGACGUGAUGCUUUUGGGGGCAACUGAUGCCUUUCCUCAAGAUUCAAUAAUGCAAGUCACAGUUGCAUUCAAUCGGUUCGGGGAGGGAUUGAUUCAGAGGAUGCCAAGGUGCAGAUGGGGAUUCUUCCAUGUUGUCAACAAUGACUACACUCAUUGGCAAAUGUACGCGAUUGGUGGCAGCGCUCAUCCAACCAUUAUCAGUCAGGGUAAUCGUUUCAAGGCUGCCGAUAAUCCUAAUACUAAGCAGGUGACUAAGAGGGAUUACGCACCAGAAUCCGAGUGGAAGAAGUGGCAAUGGGUAUCAGAGGGCGAUUCGUUCUUAAAUGGAGCUUAUUUUGUGGAGUCAGGACCACAAGACAAGAAAAAAACUGCAUUGACAAAAAAUCAUAAGAUCAAGUUCAAGCCUGGUUCACAUGCAGGACGGCUCACUCGCUUUGCUGGCGUGCUCAAGUGCAAACCUGGCAUACCUUGUUAGUUCACGAUCCUCUUACGUGCAUAUAAUAUGAUGCAUCAGUAAGAAGGAGAUAAG